CUACGCGUCCAUCCAAAGGUUGACCGCGGAUUUUUCCUGGCAGACAGCGACUGGACUUGCUACCGUCGCAACUACUUCCAAGUGUCAGCUUCCUUCUCGGCGACCGAUGCACAUGGUCAAGAGGUUGAACUUCCAUGUAUGAUGGAAAUGGACAACAAGCUCUACACUGUCACUGGUUUUGCCCUUGGCAUCUCUGCACGGGUUGGCAAUGGGGAGCGGGCAGUGGAUCUUAUCCAGCACACACCCAAGCGCGAUAAAGGACCACAACUUGUUCCUCAGCCAAGACCUGUCCGGGCUGGUGGCAACCCUCAUCAGUAUAGCGGCAUAGGCUCCAACAACCUUGUCGCAACGUUCGAGCGCCUUCAAUUCAAGACCGCCACCGCUAACAAUGGGAAGAGACGGGCUGCUCAACAAUACUAUAUCCUCAACCUAGAUCUCUUUGCCACCACGGAAGACGGUCACCAUCACAAAGUAGCCUUCAUCGAAUCCGCUCCAUUGGUCGUCCGCGGAAGAAGCCCAGGGCACUAUGCCGACGGA